AUGACGACGACACCGCCGCAACCACCACCACCAACAUCGACGACAACAACGACGUCGACGUCCACCUCCCCGACGGCAGAGGAAGGGAUCUCGCGGCAUGAAUUCACCAAGUACGACAAGACCAUUUCGUACCUCGACGCCGGCCCCGCGGAUGGCCCGCUCCUGGUCUUCGUGCACGGCUGGCCCGCCAUAGCAGCGACAUGGACCGCGCAGCUGCGGGGGUUCUCGGCGUUGGGCUUCCGCGUGGUCGCGCCCGACAUGCCCGGGUACGGGGCGUCAGGGCCGAAGAGGCAGGAAAAGGGCGAGUACGCGCUGGAGAAGGUGGUGGCGCAGAUGCUGCAGCUGCUGAGGCACGUGGGACGAAGCGAGGCCGUCUGGAUCGGCCACGGCUGGGGCGCCGGCGUCGUGUGGGCGCUGCUGGCGCACAACCCGGAAGUCUGCCUCGGGGUUGUCGCCAUGGCAGUCCCCUACCGCACGCUCGAGAUGGGCGUGCCCGAGCUCCUCAAGUACGCCAACCGCGACCUCUACCCGGAGGCCGAGUACCCGCACGCCCAGUGGUCGCACCACACCUUCUACCAGGACCCGGACAACUACGCCGAGGCGAUCGACUUCUUCGACACGCACGUCGGGGCAUUCCUGAGAUUCGUCUACGCGCGCCGCCCGGACGCGGACGUCGAGCAGGACAGGGACAAGCCGGCCUGGACGGCCAACGUGGCCAAGAACGGCGGCUGGUUCGCGGAUGGUGCCGAAUUCCUUCCCAAGACCGAGGAUCUAGGUGAGAGUCUCGUGGACGAGGAGACGCACAAGGCCCUCGUCGAAGCAUUUACCGCCGGCGGAUUCUGGGCCCCCACCGCCUACAACCUCAACGACGACGCCAACCUGCAGUGGUGCGAGGACUGGUCCGUCAACGAGGGUGUCGUGUCCGUGCCCGUGCUGUUCGUCGAGGCCCUGAAUGACCCCGUCGUCGGCACGCACAACUCAACUAUCUGCGACCCCAUGAAGAGCUACUGUCGGAGGUUGACCACGGUGAGCAUCGAUGCCGGUCAUUGGGUGGCUUUGGAGGCGCCGCAGGAGACAAGCGCAGCGAUUCUGAGGUGGAUCGCCCGCGAGCUGCCCGAGGAGAGGGCGUGGCCUUGGGGCAAGAAGAAUCCGUUGAAAAAGAAUGAAUAG